UGAAACGCGAAAGUCGUGGACUUAUCCUGCGAAUUAAUAAUCUUGUGCUUUUUUAUUAUUAUAACUGAUUAAACAAUUAUAUUUUACAUGGAUUUUUGUGCGUGACAUACGUGUUUUAGUAUUUAAAAUGAUUAUUGAAAAUCCAGAUGUGUUUAAAAGUUGGUUGACGUCCAUAUUGGAACCCCUAUGCGACGCGGACCCGGCUGCACUAGCGAAGUACGUGUACGCGCUCGUGAAAAAGGACAAACCUUUGGAGGAACUGCGGGAGGGUAUGCUCGACCAGCUUGAUGUAUUCUUGCAGCAAGAAACAAAACCGUUCGUCGACAUGCUGUUCAAAGCGCUCGACAGCCAGGAGUAUUUGAAGCCUGUCGAGGGUCUGAAGAAGGAGCCCUCACCUGUGUUGGAACAGAAUGAAGUGGAAGAGACGAAGCUGAACGAGGAGGUGGAGAAUCAUGUACCACUAGCACCGCAAACAGAAGACAAACCGCGAAUCCGAUCCCCCAUCACGGCGGAGACUAGAGAAGCGAGAGAGGCGAGAGAAGUGAGAGAGAGAGAAGUGAGAGAGGGAGAGGCGAGAGAGAGAGAGGUCAGAGAGAGAGAAGCGAGGGAGAGGGAGGGGAGGGAAGUGAGACACAGGGUUGUGAUGCCGAGGAGACACCCGCACAAUGAGCAUACGCUUGUUAAGGUAUUACCCACAGAGCUUUUGGAAGAACCAGUCGAGGCUCCCAGAAGAAGAGAUAGGAGAGGAGAGAAUAUGAUUAGAGAUAAAGACGAUCGUCGCAGACGUCGUUCGCGAUCUUGGGAACGGAGAGCGCGGGCCAGACGACAUCCUAGAGAUGAUAAAAGACGUCCCCCGUCCCGUUCCCCGUCCCCUCGGGGCAGGUAUCGCAACAGGAGUCCGCCCACCGACAGGCUGCCUAGCCGGUCUAGAUCAAGAUCGCCGGUCGGUGUGCGCGAGCGGGACGGUGAGAGGGAGCGAGACAGACUGCGCGUUCCCCGCGAGUUGGAGAGAGACAGAAUGUCGAGGGACAGAGAGCACAGGGAUAGGGUGUCGAGGGAGAGGGAUAGAGAGAGAUCACGCGACAGAUCGAUGUCGCCGCAUAUUGAGACGCGAGUCGAACACAAGGAUACAUUCAAACGGAGAUGUAGAGAUUUUGAUGUGAAAGGCUACUGCAUGCGUGGGGACCUGUGCGAGUGGGACCACGGAGUGGACCCCGUUGUGUUGGAGGACGCAGCCCUCACCAGAGUGUUGGCUCUGCCUCCGCCUGUGCCCGAAUACAACCCAGCGACCCCAGAUAUUUGGGUGGGCGGUGGUUUCGGUGCAUUCCCGCCCCAACAUCACGCGCAACGAGAACUUGUGCCCAUACCGAGAGUGAGACACGAAGUGCCGCCCGGAGCGAUGCCGCCGCAAAGACACUCGGCGCCGAAGAAAAACUUCGAUUUUAAUAGAUUAGGUGCCCCCCGCCCGCCCCUGCCCCCGAAAAUGCCCAACUGCUCGCUAGAAGUGAAGAAAGUGCCCCAAGGCCUCAACGAUAUAACGCACUUGAACAAUCACUUUAGCAAGUUCGGCAAGAUUGUCAAUAUACAGGUGUGUUUCGAAGGCGACCCGGAAGCUGCGUUGAUAACUUUCUCGAAUCCGACGGAAGCGAAUGUAGCGUACAAGAGUACGGAGGCGGUGCUAAAUAAUAGAUUUAUUAAAUUAUUUUGGCAUAAUCCUGAGAAUAAACAAGAGAACGCCGCGCCCGGUGGCGGGCAACAGAUAAACAAACAAACGGACAACAGACACCCGAUGUCGCACAACAAAGUGUUCAUAAACAGAGAUAAUAUCAAAGCGAGCGAGAAUAAACUGUUGGCGAAGGAGAAGGAGAAAGAGAAGCUAAAAGAAACGAACGGUGCUACCGACAAACCUACCCCCACAACCAACACAACAAGCAACACAAGCAACACGAACACAACGCAAAGUGUUGUCGCCGCGGACAAGAGGCAGCAAGUGCUCGAGAUGCACAAGCGGGCGCAGGCGCUGCUGCAGACGCAGCUCUCGCAGCAGAAGCUGCUCAUCGGCCGGCUCGAGAGCGGUAAUGUCACGGAACAGCAGAAGAGCGCACUGAUGGAGGCGAUAAACGCGGCUCAGGAGGGUAUAGAGAAGCUACGAAAGGAAUUAGUGGCUUACAACGGCUUGAUUAAGCAUAUGCAGGAGGAGAGUGUUUCCCGCUCAAUGUCGCGUCUACAAGUGAGCCAGGCUAACGCUAAGAAACCGAAGACUGCUGCGGAGGCUCAAAAGGAAAUACUGGAUGCUGAAUUGGACAUUAUAACUAAACAGCAGGAAGGCCAAGAUGUCACAGAACUAGCGAAGAAAAUAGCGGAAAUGCGCCGCCAGAUGGCGAUACAGUUCCCAUCGCAUGCUGGCGUGCGGAGGAUACACUCUAGAGGGGGCAGAUUUAACCCGGCCAUGCGGUACACGCGAGCCACAGCACUAGCCGGGGCAGGUUUAGGGGCAGCCAACAAAUUGCCCCACGCCCCGGGCAGUCAGUCGGUAGACCACAGACCGCGCACUUUGCUCGUGUCGGGAUUCGAACCGGACGACUUGGAAGCGCUGCAAGCGCACUUUGCGCAAUACGGAGAGAUAGUAGGUCGUGUAGUGAACCUCUCGGUCCCGGAGCUGACGCUGCAGUACCGGGCUCGAGCGCACGCUGAGCUCGCGGCGUUGCGCGGCCGCCACUAUAACGAUAGGACGCUGUCGAUAACAUGGGUGCCGAACAACAAGCCGCUGACGAGCGUAGUGCCGAAUACCGCGUCCAACGGGGACGCGCAGGAGAAUAGCAAGGAGAUACAGAGCCAACAGGAUCGCGCCGAGGAUGCCCUGCUCCGGUUCGACGAGGAGGACGAGGAUGAGGCUGAGGAGGAUCGCACGUGGCGGCGUUGACGUCACACGCUCGUCCCC